AUGGAUCGAAAAAAUCUUCUGCAGAUGUUUGUGCUGUUGUACCUCCUGUUUUUACAGGUUGUGAUCGGCAUAGAUGAACUAGAGGAUAGUGAGAUGAGGCUGAAUGGCUGCCCAGUAAUAGCAGGCCCAGCAGGUCGAGAUGGAUUACCGGGACGAGAUGGAGCAACCGGACGAGAUGGACUACCGGGACGGGAUGGUGCACCUGGACCAAAGGGGGAAGUGGGACCACCAGGGCCAGCGGGAAUCGAAGGAGAGCCUGGGAUCCAAAGGAGAUGGAAACAGUGUUUUUGGAACCACAUCAAUUCUGAGACUGAUAAUGGAAAAGUUCUGGAAUGCCCGUUCACCAAGGCUGCCUCAAACACAUACCUCCGUGUUGUUCACAUGGGCAACCUUCGCAUCAUGGGUUGCACAAACUGUUGCAUGAGAUGGUUUUUAACCUUCGACGACGUCGAAUGCAAGGAUCCCGCUGCUAUUGAUGCUAUUGUCUACCAGGGUAUCGACCUGAAUAUCGUCCGCCCCGCCAACAUAGAAGGCUACUGCACAGGAAUCGCCAAAGGCCUGGUGCGUGUUGGCUUGCACGUCGGUCGGUGCCAUGAUUUUCACGCCGAUUACGACGCCUUAACCGGCUGGAUUUCAGCAACCAGGCUCAUUAUUGAGGAGAUUGAGCCCCCUGUUGUUUAAAUAGGCAGCAGUGCUCUUUCCAUCCAAUAGUUCUUGAUUUAUCAUAGGGGCAGUCGAAUGUUGAAUUGUAACCGCCGGCUAGUUAGGCUCACUGUAUUAAGGGUGUCUUAACUGUAUUGGGUGGAACUCAUCAUAAAAUGUGGAAAUAAACCUGCGAAGAAACUUA